AUGAAGUUUCUUCUAUUGAUUCUGGUCCUGCAAACCACUCCUUCUGGAGCUAUUCCCCUGCUCUCUAAUAAAACCCUGGAAGAAGAUGACUUGUUGUUUGCUGAAAAAUACUUGGAAACCUUUUAUGACUUUGAUGUGGAAAGAACACCAAAGACAAAAAUGAAAGUUAAUGGGAGCUUCCUGAAGAACAAAAUCAAGGAAAUGCAGCAGUUCUUGGGGCUAGAAGUUACUGGGCAACUAGAUACACCCACUCUGUCGAUGAUGCGCACCCCUCGAUGCGGCGUAUCUGACGUUCGUCAUUACCGGGCUAUGCCAGGGAGGCCAGUAUGGAAGAAACAUAUCAUCACCUACAGAAUCCAGAAUUACACACCUGACUUGGCACAUGAGGAUGUUAACUAUGCUAUCCAGCAAGCUUUUCAAGUAUGGAGUGAUGUGACACCCCUGAAAUUCAGAAAGAUUAAUGCAGGACAGGCUGACAUUAUGAUCUUAUUUGCAUACGGAGCUCAUGGAGACUACUCUCCUUUUGAUGGAAGAGGUGGAGUCUUAGCCCAUGCUUUUCCACCUGGAGCUGAUAUUGGAGGAGAUGCACAUUUUGAUGAGAAUGAAAUCUGGACUAAAAGCUCCAAAGGCACAAACUUGUUUCUUGUUGCUGUUCAUGAGAUUGGACAUUCCUUGGGUCUUGAUCAUUCCAGGGAUCCAAAGGCUAUAAUGUUCCCCACCUACAGUUAUAUCAACACCAACACAUUUCACCUCUCUACUGAUGACAUACGUGGCAUUCAGUCCCUUUAUGGAGGCCCAGAAAAGCACCAACCCACGUCACCUCCUGACAGUACAGAAUCAGUUGCCUGUGCUCCUAACUUGGGUUUUGAUGCGAUCACUACAAUCGGAGACAAAAUCUUUUUCUUUAAAGACAGAUUCUUCUGGUGGAAGUUUCCUGAGUCAUCAAGGAUGAGUGUUAAUUUAAUUUCUUCUUUAUGGCCAACCUUGCCAUCUGUCAUUCAAGCUGCUUAUGAAAUUAAAACCAGAAAUCAAGUUCUUGUUUUUCUUUUUAAAGAUGACAAGUACUGGCUAAUCAGCAAUUUAAGUCCACAGCCAACCUAUCCCAAGAGCAUACGUUCUUUUGGCUUCCCUGACUCUGUGAAAAGAAUCGAUGCAGCUGUUUUUAAUCCACGUAUUUAUAAGACUUACUUCUUUGUAGAUAAUCAGUAUUGGAGGUAUGAUGAAAGGAGACAACUUAUGGACUAUGGUUAUCCUAAAUUGAUAACCAAGAACUUCCCAGGAAUUGGGCCUAAAAUCGAUGCAGUGUUCUACUUUAACAGACACUACUAUUUCUUUCAAGGAUCUGACCAACUUGAAUAUGACACCCUAUACAAUUAUGUCACCAAACAACUGAAAAGCAAUAGUGGGUUUGGUUGUUAG